AUGGAUUUGGACAAAGAUGAGACAGUGAUACAAAAUACAUUAUUCUUUGAAAAAGAAUCAUACAAUCAAACCAGUAACACUUAUUUAAUGCAUAAAAAUGCAUUGCAGAAGAGAGAAAUGCAUUUAAAUCUAUUACAUGAAGCAUUUGAAGCAGUAACUAAUGAAAGUGAGUUUAUGUCUAAAACAGCAUUAAAUGAUAUUUCAGUUAUUCUUUCGAUAAACCCAGAUUUUAUUGAAGAAAUUCCACCAUUUAUCGUAAGAUCAAUUUUCGAUUUAUUGCAGACUGACGAUAUGAAGUACACCAACUUUAUAUUGAAAGCUUUAUAUCAAAUAAUGAAAUUCUCAGAACAAUAUACAGCAGAUUUGAUAUCCUUAGAUUUAGUAUCAAUUCUUAUACAAAAACUGCCACUCCCCACUGCAUGCAAUAUAAUUUAUCUCCUUGCCACAAGAAAUCCAGAUACAUUCGAAAUUCUUUCAAAUAGAGAUGUUGGACCAAUUCUUUACAAUCUAUAUUCAGAGUUUUCCACUUUAUACCAAGAGCAUAAUGAUCCGAGUAUAGGUGAAGUUACCAAAAAUAUAAUGAUUGCAUUAAUACCAUUUACAAACUAUCUAGAUAUACCAGAUGAUCUACUCCUGAACUUAACUAAUACUAUAUUGAAUCAGUUCCCCUAUGAAGAAUACACAUUUUUAUUUUUUAUCUUGACGAAAAAGGAACUUCCCCUUCAGCGUUUGAUGGAAAGUGAUUUAAUUCAAGUCUUAAUACAUAACUUUAUGUUUUUUCUUGAAGUCAAGGUUAAAAUGAUAACUCUAUUCUCAGUUCUAGCGAAUAGAAAUGAUGAGAUAGCAAUGGCUUUAAUUCAAUGGGAAAUUUCGAAAUUAAUUUUGCAUUUCCUAGAAAUUGGUGACAUGUCGAUAGAAGUCCUUCAAUUAUCAACAGAUCUCGUUAAAUACUCACAGCUUCAUGUUAGAAACUUUCUAAAUGGAGAUUUUUCGGAAAGAAUUAGAAAAAUUUUCAAAAAAGGUUCUUUUGCGAUCAAAUGUUCAGCGGUUAGUUUCAUCAUGAAGUGCAUGGAGCUUUGCUUAUAUGAUAAUGAGAUUUACGAGUUAAUUGAACAAACAAACUUCUUAGAAUACGUUUCUCAGUUCCUUUCAUCAACAAAUGAUGAAGUAAUUGCGACAAUAUUGAAUACAGUUGGUUCCGUGUGGAAUGAAGCUGUAGUUUCUCCAGAAGGACGACCUCAAUUCCUUUCCAAUCUUGUUGAUGAAUUUUCAACUGAAGAAAUAAUAGAAAUACUUGAAGGACACGAGAUAGAAGGAAGUGAUCUUGUUUGCACUCUUGCAAAAGAUCUCUUAGAAAAAAUUCAUAAUUUUGUUUGA